AUGUCCUCCACAGAAGACACAUCAGCGCACAAGCGCAACGCCUCCGCAACAAGCGCAGUCCAAACCACACCUCCACCUUCCAAACGUCCCACGGCACCAUCCUCCUCCUCAGUUGCAGCCCUGCCCCCCUCCCGCCGCGACUUCCCCCACACAAUCGCCCUCGUCCUGUACAACGACGGCGGCUCCGACGGCGACUUUACAAACACGACAUCCGUCGUGGGCGCCUAUGCCGCGCUCGCGGACGCGAACGCCGAGGUGCGGAGGAUAUCCCGCGCGGGAGACGGAGAAGGGAUGCCGGAGCCCUCCGCGGCGGACGCCGCUGCGCGGGAUAGGUAUCCUGUGCGGUGGCAUGGGCCCCACGGGACCUCGUGUUGGGUUGACGUGCAUGCUGUUACGCCAAAGAGCAUUGUGCCGAAAUCUACGUCUGCGUCGCCGCCGCAGCAGAAGCAGGCAGGGGAUCAGCAGCCGAAGAAGCUUUAUGAUUCUGAUGAGGGGGAGGAUCCUGAUCUUGAUGAUGAGUUGGAUGAGGGGGGUCACUACGAUUAA